GGAACAUGGAGAGUGAUCGACGCAUCCAGAGCCAGUUGACCGCAGCAAGCUUGACGUGUGCAUGUCAAACUUCAUCUUCUCAUUCGUCGCCACUGAGUCCUGUUUGCGGAAGCUUGUGCGACUCCCAUUCAUUCGAGGACACUGUCCCCUCAAUGACUCCUAUGUGUUAUAAGCCCGAGAUGUGUUACAUUCCUUCUAACAUAAGCAUUAAGUAGAGCAGAAAAUGUUCAGGCUAUCCAUGAAUUGGAAGCAUUUACUGGAGCAAAAUUUCAGAAUAAUGCAUGGACAGAUCCUGGCCAGGAGAAUGGCACCGAAAGUUCACAGGGAUAGGAAAGCAAGAAACCAGCUAUCCAGGGUAAGGUAGCAUUGCAUGGAUUAUCGGCCUGUCAUCCAAGGUCCAAGACGAUCCAUCCCACAAAUGAGAGAGAAAAACUUCAGCCAGAAAGUCAAG